AAUGGCUGGACUUUGCCCUGACCACCGCCAAGGAGCCGCGCACAGCCGCAGACUCGGCCUUCUGCCAAGCACUCGAGAACGAAAUCAUCACCGCGCACGCACCGCAGGCACUCGGCAUGCUGGAGUCCCGCGUCUGGCCGCAGAUCGACCAGACGAACCGCGCGGCGAGCGCUGCCUUCUACGCGUUCUACGCACGCGCGCUCCGCCACAUGCCUGCCGAGCAAACGGAGCAGGUCGACCAAGUGGCGGAGCAGGCGGAGCUCCGCGCACAGCUGGCUGCCCAUGAUCUGCGCAAUAUCGCGUGCCUGCGCGCAGCUGGGCUCGACGCCAUUGUCGCCGCCGUGCUUUUCGGUGGCUGGGACGAUGUUGCGCGGACGCCCGAGGCGCUGAGCGAAAUAGCCGCCGACGAGAGCGCAAUAGCGUCGCUCGCGCGUCUGCGCCAGAUGCCGGCGCCAAUCGACCCGGAAGCAGCCGACCGGGCGCCCUGCAGCUGGUCGCCCGAGUCGCUCUCCAGCGCCCUGUUUCUGCGCGCCCUGCGUCGGCUUCUGCUGGACCCAAGGCGCACCGGCGAUUUCCUCAAUCUAUUGGCCCAGCCAUCCACGCAGUUGACCGGCGCGGACGCACAAGUGCUCGGCGACAUUCUGGCCUUUGCACUGCCAGACCCCAUGGUGCUUCCGCUGGAGGCGCGGAUGUCGGCGGUUGCGCGGGUAGUGGCGCCAGAAAGCCAUGCUUACUUGUUCGUUGAGUUCCUCGCCGAACUGGCGCAGGUGCGCGACCCAUUCGCGUUCGGCAGUAUGCCGGCCACGGCGCUCGACGCGUUCGACCGGCUGCCGGCCGACGUUGGCUCGAAGAGCUCUGGAAACGACCUAUGGGCGGCUCACCUGCGGCCGAGGCUCCUGCGGAUGAUCACGGAUGAGGGCGACGAUGAGAGUGACGAGGCAAUGGCGUAUUUCGUCUGCACAGCGUAUGUGAUGGCCGCCGGUCUUGUGCAGCGAUGGGACGGCACAAGGGUAGAUGGGCUUAGUGCCUUGUACAAGGACGCCCUGGGGUGUGCAGGGGCGGUGGAGCGUGCGCUGGCGUUGGCUGACUGCGGCUUCGGCCCGGAUACGCCGCUGGGCCGCGCGUUGGCUGAGCUGCGCAGCGGAAUCCAACCUGUCCUGCUCCACGCACUGCAUAUCCGCAGCCCAGCCCCCGGUUCGAAGGCCGACCAACUAGCGCUCCUCGCAGUGUACCGCCGGUUCUUCAACGGCUCCGCCUCCAGUGAUGGCCUGGACCAGCUGGAGAUGCGCCUGGUGGCCGAAAAGCUCUGGGCCAAACCAAUCCCCGAAGUGUCCGCCAAAGUGUGGGCGGAGGAUCUGCUGGCGGCCGCAUCUGGCGAAGAGCAGAUGGCGGCGCUAGCCCAAAUGCUGCUUGUGGCGCCGCAGUGGCCGGAGCGUGACCGGCUGUGGGCGCGGCUGCUUUGUCGCGGAAUUGCCCUGGGACGCAUUGACUCGCUGGCGGCGGUUAUUGUGCUGAAUCCUGGUGUGUUUACGCGUGCGGUUGGCGAGCUCGUCUUCCCACCAUUGCUUUGCAAUGAAGGGAAUGAGGGGGACGAGCAGGACGAGGUUGUGGCUGAUCCGGCUCUGGCCACCCUUGGCUUGCUCUUCCCUGUCCCUGACUGGGCCGAACCCACGGCCGCGCCCGUACUCCACGUGCUUCCCGAGGCGGUGUUCUCGGAUCGGCUGCUGCACUUGGCCAUUAUCCGUGGAAACCUCGUCCCAGCUUGUCUCGCCUCCGCCCAGCUGCUUGAUUCUCUCCGCCACACGGUUUUUGGCUUUAAGGAUGCGGGAAAUGGCUCUGUCAGUGGUGGUGGCGGCUGUGAGACGGUGCUGAAUGCGAUGGGAGGCGUACCGGUUGUUGUGCGGAAGGUUGUCCGGGACUUGAGAAAUGUUGGGUUGGAUGAAGUGGCCAUGGAGUGGUGUGCUGGCUUUUUGCGCGUGCCGCGUGGGUUUUGGUUCGUCGAGGAGCUGGAUUUGUGGGUCCGCCAGAUGGACGAGGUUAUUGGCGGCGGCGGCAGCGGCGGCGGCGGCAGCAGCGGCCUGAAGGACAAGGCUAUUGACGCUGUUGACACUGUUGACGCCGUGACACUGUUGACGCCGUUGACAUUGUUGACGCAGGAUGGGGCGAUGAGGUUGACUUGGACUUUGACUUGACUUGGAUGAUCCUGAUCGCCCAGGAUCACCGCAGACGGGCCAUCACCAUAAAAAGGAGGCAGACCGUUGGCAUGAAGAAAGCGAGGAGGAGCACGGUUGGGGCGACGAUGACCUCGACCUCGACCUCGACGUUGACCUGAGCAAAUGUAAUCUCUCCUCACAUUAUUUUAUUUUAUUUGUCGAAAAUUCAGCCUAAUUCCUCUUUGCAUUUACUACCAGAAUGGACACGUACCUCAGCAAAUUGCGCGACCUCGCGUCGUCCA